CCGCGGUACGGGCCCGCCGGGAGAGGGGCACCGACCGUCCCGUCCGGCCGGGAACCGCGGUACGGGCCCGCAGGGAGAGGGGCACCGACCGUCCCGUCCGGCCGGGAACCGCGGUACGGGCCCGCAGGGAGAGGGGCACCGACUGUCCCGUCCGGCCGGGAACCGCGGUACGGGCCCGCCGGGAGCAGCGGAGCCCGCGGUCACUGCCGAACCCUCAAGUCGGGUGAAACUUGAUGGAAAAUGUCCAGAAAGGUUAAAAUUUCCAUAAAGCAGUAAGCCUGAAAGAAAUAGGCACACAUAGGAUGUUCUUAUAGAGGAAUAUACCUAAAGAUAAAUCAAGAUGCUUCUGAGUGAGCAAGAUCAAUUCUUGUCCUACAAUGGUGAAGUUCUUGUAUUUCAGUUGUCAAAAACAAAGCAUGCAGAGGAAGCAGAUGAUAAAACAAUGAAUUUAUGUGUCAGAAGGAUGGAAUUCAACAGACACACUAAACUGUUUGUUCAGAAGUCUUCUGGAGUAUUCAGCAUGGGAGCCAGUCACUCAAAAAUUGAAAUUAUUUGUUGUAGCUGCACAACAGAUUCCAGAACUGGGAUUAUUCUUCCCUGCAUUUUGAUGAAGAAGAAAAAACAGAACAGUGUCAAAUACUUUUUAUUGUUGCUUCACAGUUCAAACCAAUUUGAGCCAUCCUUUUAUUUUAAAUUGGAUUAUGAGCUGAAAGAAGACAUCAGGUUGUUUGCUGGCCCAUCAUUGUUGUGGAGACAUGCCAACAAGCUGUUCUACAUCUCUUCCAACACCCACGUGGUUCAAAGUGCUCCUGUUCAGCUUUCUUCUGUAGUGUGGACAGGUGAAAUUAUGGGUGAAGGCACUGUUGUCUUAGGGAUAAGAACUGCUUGCCUGCCAGAGACUGAAGAUCCAGAUGGGUUUUCUGUUUCAGACAGAGCCAUCUGGGGUAGUGAGUUCUUUGGAUACGCAGUUCAAACACAGAAAAUGCUGCCUGGCACGUGCUUCAUGCCUCAUGCUUACAGUAGAGUGGUGUCUUCUGUCUGUGUCUGCAAGAGUGAGAGUUUGAAGAAACAGCUCCGGAUCUCGCUUGUUGCCAUAACCCACAAGAACCAGCUUAUUUGGUUCCAAAAUGGUGUCCCUAAAGGUGUUUGUGAGCUUCCUUAUGAAAAGCCAUGUUCAGUAAAAACAGCUCUAACCAGUAGCAAUGAUUUGCUAUUUGUUGUGGCUUUUGCCUCUGGAAAUAGCUGUGUUGUACAGAGGAGAGACAGCUUACAGGUGGCUUCCAAAUGGCAAAAAGUGAAGUGUGUUCUGGUGGAUGAUUUUAUUGGCUCUGGAAGUGAGCAGCUGUUACUGCUUUUUAAGGAUGACUCCAAUACAGACGUGUUAAGUACAUUCAAAAUAACAGAUUUUGGGGAGGUCAACUAUGCAAGUGGUAUCAAUUAUAAACAAGAUGUUCCUGCUGCAGAAGGAUUGCAAGAGAAUGGUUUGCUUACUGUCAGAGCCCUUGAAACAAGAUUACAGGCUGGUUGGACUUCUGUUCGAGAGCUACAGCACCAUUUAGGACUCCAAAAGAGAGUUAUUCUUGAGUCUUGCAGAGCAUUAAUAGAUCUUGUUGAAGAAAGAACCCAUAUUCUACCAAACUCAAAAGAGGAAGGUCUUGUCUCUCUCUGGGAUGAUGUAGAAAAUCCUUCUGAUUCUCUAAGUAAAGAGACAUCAUUGGCGUCUAAAGUCCCAGAGCACUUCACAGAGGAAUUGUGGCUGCGUGUUGUGGGUGACAGCCUGGUAGUUGGAGUAAAACUAACUGAAUCAUUUUACUUGUCACUGAGUGAUGUCAGUUUAUCUUUAGUGAUGGAUCAAGACUUCUCUUCGAUUUCUCCAAUUAUCAAGUGCCAAAGUAAGAUCAUUAAGCUGAACAAAGCCUUCUCAGCAUUGACAGUCUCCUCAAGUCAAAUUGAACCUCCUCCAAAAAAGAUGAAAUUGGACUUGCGUAGCAGCAAUGAUGUGAAAAAAGAGUUUCCUAAGAGAUCUUCAAGGAUUCAGCUGGAUGAAGCCAAGACAGUCACUGCUGUCACCAGCCUUUCACCACUAUUGGCAUUUCAUCGUGUGUGCUGCGUAGUUCUUCUGCAUGCCAGGAAGCAAAGCCAUCAGAAUGAUACUUUACAGCAGAGCAAAAAGAUUACUGUACUCUGUGGGAAAAUUUUGUUAACUCUAGAAGAUAUUUCAAAUGGCAGAUAUUCAGUAAAGAUGCCAAGGGAUAAUAGUUACUGUACAGGUUCCAUGGAAGAUAUACUUGCUGUCCUUGCAGUGUCUGUCAGAUUUUCCUUUCAGAUUGAGUCUUGUGACUACACUUUGACUCCAGUUAGUUCGUGGUUACUGGGAGAAAUGGAGUGCACACCAUUGAAGGGAUGCCAGGACAACAUAUUCUGUCAUAAAGCAGGAAAUGUCUAUGGUACAAUUUUUAAUUGGGCCCUGAAAAAUCCAUUUGAAGGAGUUCUAACAAUAUUUUGCAGAAAUCUGACUGUCUUGUUCCAGUGCCUUCAUAGCCUUACUCGAGUUCUCCCUCCAAGCUGUGGUGUAAAACUCCUGAGAUCUGGAAGCAAAGGAGCACUUACUGAGCAGUUAGCACUGGCUCUGGAAAAGGAAAUGCUCACCUUGAAGAAUUCUCUUUCCUUAAAAAAGGCUGAAAACAGCUUGACAUGGGGGAAUGAGUCUGGCAAGAAAAUCAAUAAUGCUCCUCUGGCUUCUUUACUGGACACCGAGGAAGGAGUCCAGCAAUUCAGAAAGAAGCUUCAGAAUGAGCGGGAGGAGUGUGUGCGAAGCAUGAACCAAACAAUGAAUGGUGCCCUCUACCAAAAAAUUGCUUUGAAAAUAGCAGAAGCUCAGCUCAGUUCAGAUAUGAUUGUGUGGAGACUGGCCAAGUCUUAGAAACUCUUGACUAAAUUUAUUUUGAAAAAAAAUUUAAGUUAUACCAUUAAAUAAUAUAAAUAUUUUUAUGGGUACUUCUACUGCUUUGUAUUUUAUAGCAUUUCUGUGUUGUUUCUACAGAUAAAUAGUGGUAUUUUAAUUGAUGACUGUUGGAAGAAUUUAAUAUUAGAAAUUGAGUCAUUAUUUUGUUACAUAUUUUAAAAAUAUUUUUAAGGUAUUUUCUAAUAAUUCCUACUCCAAAAUCAUAAUUCUUGGUCUAUAAAAGAACUUUUUAGGAAAAAAACCUAAUAAGUGUGUACUCUUUAAAAUAGUUCUAUUGAAUUUGAAAGAUGACUGUAAAUGUAAACAUUUUUUAGAAAUCUUAAAACAGGUAUAGAAAGGAUAUAAACUAUACAACCAAUUAUAAUUCAUAAUUUGAGUGUGGAGUUCAACAAAUUCAAAGAGGCAAAUUAUCUUCAUGAUAUGUCAAACAUUUUGAAUAACUUCUAGUGAUACCACUUGAGGAACAAAGCUCUAUACAUUUCAGCCCUGUCUUCUAGAGUCCACCCUCAGAUUUAUGGAGUAUUUAUUGGAGGUGGAGAACCCGAUCAGAACUCUUAACCAGAUUACAAGAACUCAUGAAGAUUCACUGCAUAAUAAAGCUGCUUCAGGUUUGAGAGGUCCAUUCCCAAUUUAAUGGUAGGGCUAAUCUCACUGGUAAGUCCUGGAGGAAACUGUCCUUCCUUGGAUGUUAGCCUAGCUUCAGUGUCAGAAGAUUGCUCAAUCCCAGAGUCAGAUGAUUAUCUAGAUGAUGCUAGCUGCUCAGUGGUUUUGGCCUGUCUCAAGUACUUUAAAUAAUAUUGGGCAACUCUUAUUAUUAUUCCUCUUUUUGCUGGCUUGAGGAAGAUCCUGCUUAUGUUUCUAGGAAAAGAAUGGCCUGUAUUGCUUGCUGAGAUAGUAAUUUUUUAAUCAGUUUUUUCCCACUAGCUUCAUAAGGGGCAGAAAGGUUAGAAAAUCCCAAAUCACAGUAAUUUGCCUCCUUUUAUCUCUGCUUUAUAUAAGUGAAACAUUCUUAUUGCUUGUCAUAAUUUUUCUGAAGUUGUCAGGAUUUUGCUUUUCAUUUUCUCUGCAAACAGAGUUAAUAGUUGACAUCUCCAGCGUCUCUUUCAAUAAAAGUCUGGCAGGAAAAGUGGAAGAUAUUUAUUGACUCAAAGGAAUACUGAUGUUUCAGAAUAAUUUUUUUGUCUCAUCAGAAAGCUCAGCUUCUGUAUGUAUGUCCUCUAGAAGCAGUAAGUGGUGAUAUUUUUCAGGCUGAGGUAUCUUCUCAUUCUGGCAACAGGAGUGAACUGAUGUACAUUAAAUGCAAAACACUGCCUAGAAAACCAGUAAAUGAGAGAACUGUGCUUCGUAACCUUAACCCAGUUUAGUGAUAUAGCUUCCCUUCUGAUAUACUCAAAGUAUUAAAUUACUCCUUUUUAGCUACAGAGAAGGGAAAUCCUCCAUUAAGAUGUCAAAAAUGUCUUAAGAAAUUGUCAUUUGAAUCUCAGUAUUUACUGGAUGAGAAAGUUGAGGGUUUUUUACAAUUCUUUGUUAAGCCAGAGUCAGACAAUAGUCAAAGCUUAAGAACAAAUUGUUAGGCAGUCAGUUGUCACUGGAAUUUCUAGAAGUUCCUGAUUAUAAACACUUAUAUGAAGCAAAGAAUCUCAAGGUGCAAUCCUGUAGCUUGCAGCUAAGGACAAGUCCUUGCUGAGCCAUCUGAGCAGAAGCCUUCAGAGCAACAAAGCUACUGUUCAGCUCAGGGCCCUUGAAGGAGAUUUUGCAAAUCAGUGUAAACCACUCCAGCAGUUGAUUUCUGUCAGCAUAUUAGUCUACUCUCGUGUUGUAACUAACCAUCAUUGGUCUGUCUGUCUUUAAAGAGAAACUUCAUUUGUGUUUAUAUCCCUUCAUUGAAGUAAUAGAGUGGGACAAAUGAAGAAAAGCUGCUAAGCACAAAUGUUGCCAGUUUCUAAUUCCAUGGAGUUGUUACUUUAAAGAACCAAGCAGUGAAAUCACAGCAGUAGAAGUGAGAUUAUUAGAGUAGAAUAGUAACAACAUGUUCCUACUAAAGAGACUUUCCUGAGGCAUGAAUGCUUAUUUUGUAAAUCAUCAGAUGAGGUCAUUAAACACUUUCUUAACAGCUCUAAGAUUCCUGGGAGCAGUUCCUCAACUGACUAGUAAUGCAUAAUAGCAUGGUACAACUUUCAGUGGUAGUGACGCAAUUGCUAAGCAUACUGCGUAUGUGCCAAAAUCUAAAGGUUUCUGCUGAUAUGUGUGGGUUUUGGCCAGGAAUAAUGGGAAAAUGCAGCAGGGCAUUAACAAAGAUUCAGGCUCUCUAGAACCUCAUCUUCAAGUGGCAGCAGCAGGCAUUUUGUUUAGAGGUAUUUGCCUUUCAGAAGUAAAAGCAACCAAAGGUGUUAAUGUACUUAUUUGGUCUCUCGUGAUGAUUAACAUUUGCACAUGCUGGUGCUCAAAUGAGAAGUCUACAUUGUAUGGACUAGAAAAAUAGUUAAGUUGGCUAACCAUGUUUCUGUCAUGAGCUGUUGGAGUCACAUUUUCUGGACCUCCAAGAAAGUCUUGGAAGUGAGAUCUUGCAUAACGUGGGUUUUGCAAGUACUUUUUUUAACAAAUCAUUUGAGAAAUUAAAUCAGUGGCAGCAGCAGUCCUAGUUCUGGGGGGAAUUGGUAUUGCCAAGAAUAACUGAUAAAAUAGUUGGAUGUUUGAUUCCAUAAAUAAAUUCCCCUUUCCAUGAUAGUAGAUCAAGUUGGGAAACAUACACCUCCCAAGGAAUUGAAGGUUUUUUGCUACUAAAGCCAUUACUAAUAGCAGAUAGCUAUUCACACCACCCAUUCACUAAGUCUAACACUCCUGACUACUCUGUACGGAUAGUCAUUACACUGGGAGGUCAGUCCCCACGCUGGGACCCCUGGCUCCUACAAGGUUACAAAUUCCUUUGAAGAGCUCUUCACUUCAUCAGGUGUGUAUGUGUAAUCCUGUAGGGUUUUUUGUUUGCAUGUAGCAACCACUACCUGUUUGUGCAUGAUCCAAGUUAACGCAAACCAUGGUUGGUACUAAUGUGUGUGGUGGCUUCGUACGCAGCCAGCAGGCUCCUGCUGUUCUGAAUUUAUCAGUUCUGGUGGAUUUAACAGAACAACUGGUCUCCAGAGCUUACGAGUCCUGGGAGAUUUUCACAUGCUGCUUCUCAGCAUGUAAUAAUCUCCUCAGUCUGGUGCUUGCUGGUAAACAUUCCUCCCUCCUGAGCUGGAGAACCCUGUCACAUAAACUCAAACAAAGGGGCCUUUGAUAAGGCACUAAAAUUAUGCGCAGGAUCAGCUUGUCUGGACCCCAGUAGUCCUGAUUUCUGGAAACCAGCAGAUGUCAGUGGUAUCUAUAGGAAUGGUUCAAGUCUUCUGGCCAUGGCAGUGUUCUGUGUGCAGAUAUUUACUUUGCAAUGACUCUUAUCACAUUUCAAAAGACAGGUAUGCAAAAGGCAGGUCUGACAUAGGAAGUGUGAGCUAUCAUGCUUGGAUGCACUCUUAAAAUUGUAGCACUUUUAAAGUCACUAUGAUUUAAGACCCUAAGAAAAGGGAUUGUGUGUCAAAGACCUCUGCUUUUUCUGGCCAAGUUGGUGUAAUAAAUAUAUUAACUUACAGUGAUUUUUCUCUUUCAUUCUAAGGCCUCUCAGGGAAAAGAAACCUCUCUACUCUAGAGUGAUUCCUGUUGGACAGUAAUAUUUCCUAUUUUUGUGUGUGUAUGUAUUUCAAAUCAGCCACAGGCUGCUCAGUUGCUCAUAGUAAAAGUCAAGCCUCCUCUCUCAGCUGCUAAUUUUUGUUUUCCCACAUCUUUUCACAAUCUGGGAACUGUGACAGUCAUAUGACUGCUCUCCUCUGAAUCAUACUGACUCUGCUGACAAAAUAAUAAUGGUAGCAUGUUUAUCCUUGAGUGAGUUAUUCAUUAGAGGCUAUUAACAAGGAUGAUAGGUGCAGCAAAAGGAGUAUUCAAACAGUGGUAGUUUUCUUCUCCUGUCUCUACUUCCUAGGGAGAAAUGAAGUUUUAAACAGUGGAAAGAAAUUAAAAAUCAAUGCAAGGAUUUAAAAUCUCAAAUAGUUAUAAAUUGGAGCAUUUAGUUAUUGCCAAGUCUUGUUUAUUUUGGCGUUUGGUUGUGGUUUUUUUAGUAUUUUCUGCACUCUAGGCAUGCCAUUGGGUAAGGACAAGGUGAACAUCAUUGUGUAGUAGGAGCUUCUCACCAAGAAAAUCUUCCCAGGGAAAAAGCAAAAGAGUAGGAGGUUUGAUGCUGCUGUUUAGUCAUGUUAAUUAUUGCUUUAAGGAGGUGAUACUACUUAAGUCUUUUCUGUGACCUCAGGUUUGUGGUAUGUGACAAACUCAUCCAGUGAGAUGACUUUCCCCUUGAGAAAGUCAUAACUCAUAGGUACAAGACGGCAGCUGCAUGCUUGUAAAGCACUUGGUUAGAGCAAAGGCUGCCCAGUGCCAGCUUUGGAUCAGUCCAGCUCCUGCCUCGAGUCCUGCGUUCACAGAACCCUGGUGCUUCACUGUGGUAUUUAGGUCAGAGGCACAGGUUGGUAAAGCAGUCUCAGGUUAACUAAUCCUCUUCCUUAUUGUCUAAAUGGAGAGGCGGUGACUCAUGUGCCGGGCUGUGAUCCUUACCUGCACAGGGAGGGAGAAAGGGAAGGCUUUGAAGUGAGUCCUUCAAAACAGUGUGUGCUGCCUCUGUGCCUGCCCCUUCCCUCCCUCCAGAGCCCCAGUUACAGUUUUGAACCGAACAUGUCAUGUCUUCUUUUGUAAUCCUGCCUUUGAAAUGUUCUCAAGCAUGAGGGGAAAUGCAGAAGCUGCCAAAAACUUCCAAAAUUCAUGGUUGGUGGGAGUUUGCUGUUUCUGUCGCGUUUGUACUAUGCCCUCUGCACAGACUUUGCUGAUUGUAUU